UAUCACUAUUACGAACAACCGCGACCGGUCCGCACGUGUAGUGAAUCUUCACUUACAGUUAUCAAUUAAGUUUUAGAUAUUUAACGCAGCCCAGUUUUGCAUUUAAUAACAUACGAAAUGGCAGCCGCAAUCAAGAAAAUCAUCCCCAUGCUGGAUCGUAUUUUGAUUCAACGCGCUGAAGCUGUUACCAAAACGAAAGGUGGCAUUGUCUUGCCUGAAAAAUCGGUGGGCAAAGUUCUAGAGGGCACUGUAAUUGCCGUUGGUCCCGGCACUCGCAAUACUACCACUGGCAGUCAUAUUCCAAUUGGCGUGAAGGAAGGUGACCGCGUUUUGCUGCCCGAAUUUGGCGGCACCAAGGUCCAAUUGGAUAGCGACGAUAAGAAGGAAAUGUUCCUUUUCCGCGAAUCAGAUAUAUUGGCUAAGUUGGAAUAGAUGACCCAUAACAAUUCUAUGAAUUCUGUUUUCUAUUAGUACGUAAUUACCUACAAUAAAAGUCCUAUGCAAUGUUUAUGUUUGCAUAACAUA